AUGGAGUUGUUCUCCGACGAAACAUUGGCCAUUUUCGUGCCCAUCCUGCUGUACUGGGUGUACUCAGGCAUGUACAUGGCGCUUGGCCAGUCCAUGGACAAGUACAGGCUGCAUUCGAGGAAGGAGGAGGACAGCAACAACAUGGUCUCCAAGGGGGAAGUUGUCAAGGUCGUGCUCCUGCAGCAGCUAGUGCAGGCGGCAGUAGCUGCCGUCGUGUUCACGCUCACGGGAGAUAGCAGCUCAACGGUGACAUACCAUAAAGAACCACAAGGAUCAUCAUCAUCAUCGUAUUACUACUCCUACCUGACGUUGGUACGGCAGUUCUUGGUGGCCAUGAUCGUGCUAGACGGGUGGCAGUACGCGUGGCAUAGGUACAUGCACCUCAACAGGUUCCUGUACCGGCACAUCCACUCGUGGCACCACCGUCUCGUCGUGCCCUAUGCAUUUGGCGCGCAAUACAACCACCCCGUCGAGGGCCUCCUGCUGGACACGGUCGGUGGGGCGCUGGCCUUUGUCGUCUCGGGCAUGUCACCGCGUGCAUCCACCUUCUUCUACUCGCUCUCCGUCAUCAAGGGCGUGGAUCUCCACUGUGGCCUGUUGCUGCCGGGGAACGUGUUCCAUCUCUGCUUCUGGAACAACACGGCGUACCACGAUGUGCACCACCAGCUACGUGGCAGCAGGUUUAAUUUUUCGCAGCCAUUCUUUGUGACAUGGGACAAAGUGUUUGGGACACAUAUGCCUUACGUGCUGGAGGAGAGGCCAGGUGGUGGGCUCCAAGCGCGUCCCCUCAUCGCAGCAAAAGCCACCCACAAUGGCGAAAAAAUAUAG